AUGGAGAUGAAGAACAAAUGCGCUUUGGUGAAGAAACAACUGCGCCGAUGUGGUUUUGGCAAUUGGUCCAUAGUGGACCCUAGAGAUCAGCAGGAUUACUUCCUUCAUGUUUGUAUUACUGAUUCUCUAAUUACUGCAAAUUGGGAUAUGUUGUUUGUCUAUGCUAGCUCUGUUGAUAGUGAUAGAAUUGCACAAUUUAAUUUAUUGGAAAACUAUAAAUCUCAGCUAAAAAAGGAAGCAGUUGUAAUCGGAGAUUUCAAUUCUUUGCUUAAUUCACGGGAGAAGAAAGGUGGCAAUAGCAACUUUAAUUACAAAAUCCUCCCUUUUCGGAACCUUAUUAAUAAUCUUGGUUUGAUGGACAUGGGGUACAUGGGUCCUCACAUGACAUGGAACAACCAACGAGAUGGACCUCAUCAUAUAAAGGAACGAUUGGACCGAGCCCUUGCUACACCACACUGGCUCUUCCUAUAUUCAUCUGCUCUUGUCUACCAUCUAGAAGAUUUAAGAUCUGAUCAUUGCCCUAUUCUGCUAUCUAUGGACCCAACGAUGGAAAAAGCCAAACGCAGAUUUACUUUUGAUAGAAGAUGGGCUAACUUACAAAAAGUACAAAAUGUAAUUUUUGGAGCAUGGCAGCAGAACACAAACGGCCAUAAACUAUUCCAGGUGUUCAAUAAACUCAAAAAUUGCUGA